AUGGCCACAACGAUGAAGAAGAUCUUCCUCUUUGGGUUGCUUUUGUUAACAACCUUCACGGUUCUCUCGGGUUCUUGUUCGGCAAAGGUCUACACCGUUGGUGACUCCGAUGGAUGGAUGGCCAAAGAAGACGUCUAUUACGAAUGGGCCAAGGGUAAGGAGUUCCACGUUGGUGAUUCUUUGGUCUUCAACUACGAUCCCUCCGUUAACGACGUUACUCAAGUCCCGGGAGCUUUGGAAUACCAAUUCUGCGACACAUCUUCUCCUCAAGCCGUGUACAACACAGGACAUGAUGUCGUAACCUUCACGGAACCAGGAUAUCACUACUUCGUCAGCUCAAACCAAGCUCAAUGCACACUGGGACAGAGGCUCGACGUUCUUGUUCUUCAUGACCCGUCACGUCCUGUUCCUCCACCACCACCGAGCAAGAUCCUUCCUUCCAGCCAAAUCUACAAGGUCGGUGGCUCUAAAGCAUGGAGCGUUCCCGAAGAGAGUGAAUACUACAACAAGUGGAGUGAGGGUAAACUGUUUCAAGUAGGAGACAGUUUACUUUUCGAAUACGACAACGAAGUAAACGACGUCUUAGAGAUAAGCGGUGACCUUGAAUUCAUAACCUGCGAUCCAACUUCUCCCGUAGCCGUGCACAAGACGGGACACGAUCUAGUCAAGCUCACCAAACCAGGAGUUCACUAUUUCAUUAGCUCAAAGACGGGUCACUGCGCGGCUGGCCUUAAGCUUCGAGUAGUGGUCGGACAACUCAUCAAAGACGUAACUUUCCCCAAUGUUCCCAAGAAGAUGGAUUUGUCAGCUAUGGACGACCGCCUCACAGAGUGGUUACGCACUUUUAGACCCCAGCCUCAUCACUAAAUCUUCGGUGUUAUUUGGUUUUGAGAUUAGCUAAUCAGAAGCUUCUCUAUCUUGUUAACUUCUUUAGUAUUUUGUUUGAGAUUUAGUUUUUAUAUUUCCAUAUCGU